ACCGGUUUUAGUGAGUGUUGCUGCUGGUAUUUCGUCCAGCAUGAUAUUCGGAGGACAACCAAGCAUUCAUAAUGAGUCUAAACGUAGAUUCUAUGAAGAUGAAUCCAACGUUGUUCCAGUUCCUGGAACAGUCACUCCAGCUGCCGGAUCCGAAGUAGAGAUACUAGGCCCAAACCGCUUGGUUGAUGGAAUCUCCGUCCGUUCACCAUCAGCAUUAGAGAGCACAUUUAAAAGUGGGAGAGAAUCGGUGGUUAGUGCAUACAAUAGUUUACAAGGAUUCUUAAAUAACAAAUAUGUUCAAUAUAAUGAGAAGGAAAGACAAGUUACGAGUACUGUUAGUGGGUUGCACAACAAAACUGAAGAUCUUUUACCAAAUGGUAUAUACAUAUUAAUAGCGGCCUUGUCUGGUAACAUUAUGGCCCGCCAGAGAGGAAUUGUUUCAAAAGCCACUUUUCCAGUUAUUUUAGGUGUUGCAUCAUUCAAAUACUUCUUGCCUCAAACAUUCAGUAAUACCACUGGGUUCAUCUGGAGUUUGGAAGAAAAAUACAUCCCAGAAGUGGCUCACUCGCAACAGGUUUCGAUUGAAAAAGCUGAUGAAUUCGUUAAUCAAAUUGAAAAAGCCUCCGAAUCUAGUCAAAAAUCAUUACAAGGCCGUGUUCAAUCCUUGAGACAAAAAAUUGCCGACGUCACCGGGUUGAACAUCGAUGGUGAUGUAACUAAAAAAUAAAAUGAUUCACGAUAGACUUCCUGUCUCUUUUGGAAGUAGUUUAUAACUCUCAUGUACAAUAAAACAAUUUAACUUGAUGAUUUUUUUUUUCUUAUUCCCUUCUUCGAAUAGAUUAUUCGUAAGACUUUAGCAAUGUGUCUUCUUCAAUCUAUGUUUCGUUAGUUCCUCGC